AUGGUUCCAGCAAGCGAAGCAUUGGUCCAAGCAACCAUGGAAUGGGAUGAGGAGGAGUUGGAGAUACCUGACUCUAGUUUGGAUGUUAGCUUCUCGAAAGAAAAGCUCCAAAGACUAAGAGAGCCAUGGAGAAAUACGUUGAUGGCAAAAGUGCUAGGGAUGUCUAUCAACCGGAAUUUCUUGGUAGAUAGGGUCAACAGGAUGUGGAAGACAAAAGACAGACUUGAAGUGAUUGACCUUGGUCAAGACAUUUUCCUUCUUAAGUUCCACAAUGGGGAUGAUAUGGAAAGGGCGUUGUAUGGAGGUCCAUGGUUCAUUUUGAAUCAAUAUCUGAUGCUGACCAAAUGGAAACCGGAUUUUCGUCCUUCAUCAUCAACUUUUGACAAAAUUAUGGUUUGGAUCAGAUUACCUGAACUCCCUCUAGAUUAUUACGAAAAGGAUGCCCUGUUUGCUAUAGCGGAGAAAGUUGGAAAACCCAUAAAGGUGGAUUAUGCAACGGAUACAGUGGCAAGGGGUAGAUAUGCGAGAGUUUGUAUUGAACUGGAAUUAUCAAAAGCCCUUGUGACAAAGGUCUGGGUGGCAAAAGAAUGGCAAGCAGUGGAGUAUGAGAACCUCAAUAUGGUGUGUUUUAACUGUGGUCUAAUUGGCCACAGGAAGGAUCAAUGUUCGACGCAUUACGGAAAGAUUAAAGAUCGGUGA